AUGCUUCAACCUUUGGAUAAAUCAACAGCCAGUCCUUUAUUUCAAAGGAGAUUACUUCACCACAAUGAAAUAGAAAAGUUAAAUAUUAACGAUAGUCGUCCCAACUCCAUCAGUAGCAACAUGUCAUUGUUGCAGAAUGGCGUGUGUGCUCGUUGUGGUGAGGGUUUUAAGAUGAAGGAUCAGAUCGUCAACUCUCAUGACCAAACUUGGCACCCAGAAUGCUUUGUAUGUGCUCAAUGCUUUCAAAGUUUUCCUGGAGGGAUAUUUUAUGAGUUUGAAGGCCGCAAAUAUUGCGAACAUGAUUUUCAUGUAUUGUUUGCUCCUUGCUGUCAAAAAUGUGGAGAGUUCAUCAUUGGCCGAGUAAUCAAAGCCUUGAACAAUAGUUGGCAUCCUGACUGCUUCCGUUGUCAACUCUGUAAUGGUCCCCUGGCAGACACUGGAUUUAUGAAAAAUGCUGGAAGGGCUCUUUGCCGAGAAUGUCAUGCCCAUGAAAAAGCUCGAGGCUUGGGCAAGUACGUCUGCCAUAAGUGUCAUGCCAUAAUUGAAGAAGGCCACAUCAAAUUUAAGGAAGAGGCUUACCACCCUUACCAUUUCAAUUGUAAAACAUGCGGUUCUGAACUAACAGCUGAUGCCCGAGAAAAGAAUGGAGAACUGUAUUGUCUACGUUGCUUUGAUAAGAUGGGUAUCCCGAUUUGUGGGGCCUGCAGACGACCAAUCGAAGAACGUGUAGUGAAUGCUUUGGGUAAAUAUUGGCAUGUAGAGCAUUUUGUCUGUGCGAAAUGUGAAAAACCGUUUCUGGGGACAAGGUACUAUGAGAAGAAAAACCUGGCCUAUUGUGAAAAUCAUUAUCACCAGCUGUUUGGAAAUAUCUGUUUCGUUUGUAACAACAUUGUGGCUGGAGAUGUCUUUACUGCCUUCAAUAAAGCCUGGUGUGUCAAUCAUUUUGCCUGUUCAGUCUGUGACAGAAAAAUGAGUCAAAAGACCAAGUUCUUUGAGUUUGAUAUGAAGCCAGUCUGCAAAAGUUGCUAUGAGAAAUUCCCAGGAGAGCUAAAACGGAGAUUGAAAAAAAAUUAUGAUGCACAGAGUAAGAAAUAA